AAAAAUUAUCUGGUGCUCAAAACUUAAAAAGAAAACGGAAAAAGCAAGAAGAAUCUGAGAAGGCAGCUAAAUUAUUAUCGAAAUUUUUGAGACCUGAGAAAUCAUCUGAAUCGUUAUCAUCAGAACUAGUUCAACUCCACCACGCAACGGAAGAAGACCUACUUAAUAAAAGUUCUUCAGGCGAAGCUCAUGAAGAUGAAAAACAACACAUUCAAGAAGAUUUACCUGGUAUUCCAGGAACCUCUUCUGGAUUUCAAAAUAUUUCGGAAGAAAUUAUAUCCGAUGUACAAUCAUCAUCAUCUCCUUUUAGAAAAAAAAAAUAUGAUGAUAUUUCAGAAUGGCCAUUCAUUGACUCUGCGACAAGAGAUGAAAUAAUUACUGAAGGCCCUGUAAGUAAUCAAAUGAGUAACGAAAACUACCCAAGGAAACUUGACGGUCGUCAUUUUUCAAAUAUGCAUUUUGAAAGAGUAAUGCCAAAUGGGGAAACUUUCAAAAGAAGAUGGCUCGUGUACUCUAAAUCUGCAGAUAAAGUACAUUGUUUUUGCUGCCGUUUAUUUAAUACAAAUCCCCAGUCUAGAUUGGGAAAAGAAGGAUUUGACGACUGGAGGCACUUAUCAACGCGUCUCAAAAUUCACGAAACAUCCUCAGAUCAUCGACGUGCUGUGAACAAUUGGAUAGAAGCGUCAAUUAGAUUAAAGAACUUCAGUGGAAUAGACAAGCACUUGCAAAAGCAGAUUGAGAGUGAGAAAACACGAUGGGUUGCUAUCCUCGAACGAAUGAUGUCAAUAGUAUUUUUCUUAGCAAGCAAUAAUUUAUCGUUUAGAGGGAGUUCUGGAGCGGAAACUUUAUACACUCCUAAUAAUGGUAAUUUCCUGGGUUUAGUGCAGUUACUGGGAAAAUUUGAUAUUGUAAUGAUGGAGCACCUUCGUCGUGUUGUAAAUAAGGAGACUAAUGUCCAUUAUUUUGGCAAACGUAUUCAAAACGAGUUAAUUGGCUUACUUGCAAGUGAAGUCCGAAAUAAUAUUUUGUCUAUGGUAAAAUCAGCUAAAUACUUCUCUAUCAUACUGGACUGUACUCCUGAUGUAAGCCACGUUGAACAAUUAUCAGUAACAUUCCGUUUUGUCGAUACUAAUGAAGAAGUCGAAGUACGUGAGUGUUUUGUUGCUUACAAGCCGGUAAGUGACUCUUCGGGAGCAGGACUUACUGGAAUCUUUCUAGAUACAAUUGUGCAAGAGUUUGACUUGGACAUGAACGAUUGUCGCGGCCAAGGGUAUGAUAAUGGAGCGAAUAUGGUAGGAAUAAAUAAAGGUGUCCAAACCAGAAUUUUGAAUCAAUAUCCUCGAGCAUUUUUCAAUCCAUGUGGUUGUCACAGUUUGAAUUUAGUGAUAGCUGAUGCAGCGAAAACUUCCGUUAAAUCAGUUUCUUUAUUUGGAUUUCUCCAAAGACUGUUUGUUUUAUUUUCCGGAUCAACAAAGCGAUGGGAAGUGGUAUCCAAGCACAUUGAAGGGUUAUCCCUGAAAAAAGUUUGCGAAACUCGCUGGGAGAGUAGAAUUUCUAGCCUUGCUGCUGUUCGCUAUCACUACUCUUCAGUUCGUGAUGCCCUUCUGAAUCUUCAUGAAGAAACAAAUGACUCAGUCGCUGCAUCAGAGGCCUUGUCUCUAAUUCAAUACAUGGAGCAAUUUGAGUUCAUAGUUACAAUGGUGGCUUGGUAUGAUAUAUUGUUUCAAGUAAACAUUGUAAGUAAGGCUAUGCAGUCUGAAUCUAUGGAUUUACCAAAUGCGUCGCAAUUGCUGAAAAACUGCUCAGAAUUUGUGAAACAGUACCGAGACUCUUCAUCUGCUCUAAUANGGCCGCCACUGGACAGACAGACAGACGCCUUAAGGUGA